GGAGCCUCCCGACAACGGAGAGCCUUCUGAACGAAGCCGGCCGAUAAAAACCGAGCCGUCAUGUUUCCGUCCCUCCCUCUCCGCCUCAGUCCUCCGGCCAGGCUGCCGCUUCACACAGACUCCUCGGAACCAAACGACCCAGAACAGCCAUGUCUGAAAAACUGCCCUACAAAGUGGCUGACAUCAGCCUGGCGGAGUGGGGCCGGAAGGCCAUCGCCAUCGCGGAGAACGAGAUGCCGGGCCUGAUGAAGAUGAGGGAGCUGUACGGCCAGUCCAAGCCGCUGAAGGGCGCGCGCAUCGCCGGCUGCCUGCACAUGACGCUGCAGACCGCCGUGCUCAUCGAGACCCUGACGGCCCUCGGAGCCGAGGUUCAGUGGUCCAGUUGCAACAUCUUUUCCACCCAGGACCACGCCGCUGCUGCCAUCGCCAAAACUGGCGUUCCAGUUUACGCCUGGAAGGGCGAGACGGACGAGGAGUACGUGUGGUGCAUCGAGCAGACGCUGUACUUCAGAGACGGAGCGCCGCUCAACAUGAUCCUGGACGACGGCGGAGACCUCACCAACCUGGUGCACCAGAAAUACCCCAAGCUGCUGCCGGGUAUCCGCGGCGUGUCGGGAACCACCACAGGAGUUCAUAACCUCUACAAGAUGCAAAAAGGAGAACUGAAGAUGCCGGCCAUCAACGUCAACGACUCCGUCACCAAGAGCAAGUUCGACAACCUGUACGGCUGCAGGGAGAGUCUGAUCGACGGCAUCAAGCGAGCCACCGACGUCAUGAUCGCCGGGAAGGUCGCCGUGGUAGCGGGCUUCGGCGACGUCGGCAAAGGCUGCGUCCAGGCGCUGCCCUUCGGCGCCCGCGUCAUCGUCACGGAGAUCGACCCCAUCAACGCCCUGCAGGCCGCCAUGGAGGGGUACGAGGUGACGACGAUGGACGAAGCCUGCAAGGAGGGAAACAUCUUCGUCACCACGACCGGCUGCGAGGACAUCGUCGUGGGGCGUCACUUUGAGAGCAUGAAGGACGACGCCAUCGUCUGCAACAUCGGACACUUCGACUGCGAGAUCGACAUGAACUGGCUGAACAAGAACGCCGCGGAGCGCAUCAACGUGAAGCCGCAGGUGGACCGGUACCGGAUGAAAAAUGGCCGCCACAUCAUCGUGCUGGCGGAGGGCCGCCUGGUGAACCUGGGCUGCGCCAUGGGACACCCGUCCUUCGUCAUGAGCAACUCCUUCACCAACCAGGUUCUGGCCCAGAUCGAGUUGUGGACGAACACGGCCAAGUAUCCUGUGGGAGUCUACUUCCUGCCCAAGAAGCUGGAUGAGCAGGUGGCGGCGGCUCACCUGGACAAGCUGGGAGUGAAGCUGACCAAACUGACGGACCAACAGGCCCGGUACCUGGGCCUGCCCUCAGACGGCCCCUUCAAACCGGACCACUACCGGUACUGAGCGCCCCCCGCAGGCCGUGGCAGGCGGCGGCAGCUCGGCCCGAAGGAGCGGCGGCGCCUGGCGGUCCUCCGGGCCGCGUGGAGAAAAUUCCUCGUCAUUCCUGUCUGGGAGAGUCUGCACUGCAAAAACACAAAAUGUGCCAACAGGUUGAGUUUAGUUUCUACAGCAAACAUCUCGCUUCUCCUGAAAGAACAAAAUAAUUGAUCAGCAGGAUGCUAACUUGUUUGAACACUGAACAAGUUUCAGCUGCAGCGCCUUAUUGUUUCACUGUAACAUGGAAAAUGUUUUCUUGUAGGUGGAAAAAACCUGCUGAAUAGUCACUAACUAUUGGUUUAAACAAGCUGCUGCAAAGGUUUUUAUUUUGACUCAUCUCAGAUAUUUGCACUAGAAAUGGACCUGAGUUGGUAAUAUUCUGUGUUUGUGCAGUCUGCUGUGUUUUUCAGUGUAUUUCCUUUUAGCACUAAGCUGAUCUGUGUUCGAAGCUCUGGCUGGUUUUGGACGUAAUUCUGCCAAAUGAAUCAUCGAAGAAAUGCUCUGCUCUGAAAAUGUGAUUUAAUUUAAUGCUCCGAUCUGCCGGUUCCAGCUUGAAGCUCAAAAAUGAUGGAGAAUAAAAGAAACUUUAAGAAGG